CUCUGUACCAUUCCUAAAGUAAUAACACUUGUCUGCCCUGGUUAAUGUUUUCUAGCAGACGCUUUGCUUUCAUAAUGCUAUUUAACAGUAUAAAUAAGAGGGGGAGCUGCAGGGUAGUCCUAGUGAAGACAGCAGGAUCUUUGGAAGCUGCUGAUUUUAAUGCAAGAAGAUGAAGACUACUUUCUACAUAAGUUUGCUACUGGCCGGGCUUCAAGCUCUUGCCCAUGGCCAGCUCCCACCCAACCACCGCAAUGGACAUGAUUCAAAUGAACAUAAACACCACAUGCAUCACAGAGGUGAAGCGGAUGCUUGCCUCAAACUAGUACCAAACAAUGCUGACUUUGCAUUUCAAUUUUUUAAAGAGGUUACACUGGAGGCACCUAAUAAGAACAUUUUCUUCUCUCCUGUAAGCAUCUCCACUGCAUUUGCAAUGCUGGCCCUAGGGGCUAGAUCAACCACUCAGACUCAGAUCUUGGAAGGACUCACCUUCAACCUUACAGACAUUCAGGAGAAAGAGAUACAUGAAGGCUUUCACAACCUUAUUCACAUGCUGAGCCAUCCUGAGAACGGGGUCCAUCUCAACAUGGGGAAUGCCAUCUUUCUAAAAGAGAAGCUGAAACCUCUACAAAAGUUUGUAGAUGAUGCCAAAGCUCUGUAUCAGCUGGAGGCUUUUACCACAGACUUCAACAAUCCCAGGGAGGCUGAGAAGCAGAUCAAUGAUUAUAUAGAGAGGAAAACACAUGGGAAAAUUACUAAUUUGGUCAAGGACCUUGAUCCACAGGCUGUAAUGCUUCUGGCUAGCUUUGUUUUCUUUAAAGGCAACUGGGAACAACCUUUUGAACCAGAGCACACUGAAGUAAGGGAGUUCUUUGUGGAUGCUGAAACUACUGUGAAAGUCCCUAUGAUGUACCAGACGGGCAGAUUUGACUUCUAUUUUGAUGAGGAGCUGUCAUGCACGGUGGUACGGCUUCAUUAUAAUGGGAGUGCUACUGCAUUUCUGGUUCUGCCAGCAAAAGGAAAAAUGAAGCACUUAGAGCAAACUCUGGUUAAGGAAACCAUCCAGGAGUGGUCAGACCGUCUUUUCCAAAGCCUGAUGAGCCUCUACUUCCCCAAAUUUUCUAUUUCUGGGAGCUAUGAAAUAACAAAUACCCUUAGGAAGAUGGGAAUUGUGGAUGUGUUCACUGACCAGGCAGAUCUCUCAGGUAUCACCGGUGCCCCGGAGCUGAAGGUUUCUAAAGUUGUUCAUAAGGCUGCUCUGGAUGUUGACGAGACAGGUACUGAGGCAGCAGCAGCAACUGCUGCUGAAAUAGUGACAAUGUCUCUUCCUCCCACCAUUGAAUUCAACCGUCCCUUCCUCAUGCUGAUUUUUGACAGAGAUACAAACAGUACACUCUUCAUAGGAAAAAUAGUUAACCCAGCAGUUACUAGCUGAAGUGACAUGAAUUCUGCUUGCUGUUAAUGAUUAAAGAAGAUGCAAAAAUGCA